AUGGUCGCGGCUCCUCUCUUGCGCGCUCACCAAGCAGCGCGACUCCAAUCAGUGUCUAUGAGCCGGCUCGGGCUCAAUCCACAUGUAAUCAAAACCGCCGCAAGGUUACACCUGCUUCGGGGUAGUGGGUUCUCAACAUCUGCUUCCAAAUGGCAAGCGGAAGUCCUCGACCGAACCAGGAACAUCGGUAUCAUCGCCCACAUCGAUGCUGGCAAGACUACCACGACGGAACGUAUGCUCUAUUACAGCGGGUUUACAAGAAGGAUAGGAGACGUGGAUGAAGGCUCCACAGUCACCGACUUCCUUCCUGCCGAGCGUGCUCGAGGAAUUACGAUUCAAUCUGCCGCUAUUACUUUCCAUUGGCCACCUCAAACUGCCGGCGAUGGAAAUACAACUCCGCAGGAGCCACAGACGCCAAGGUCUGCCUCAUCUCAUACCGUGAAUCUCAUUGACACCCCUGGACACGCGGACUUCACUUUCGAAGUCAUGCGAUCCCUGCGCAUUCUAGAUGGCGCGGUAUGCAUUCUAGACGGUGUGGCCGGUGUCGAGGCUCAAACAGAGAAAGUCUGGCACCAAGCAAGUACCUAUCGGAUUCCCCGGAUUGUUUACGUGAACAAGCUUGACAGAGAUGGGGCUGCCUUUGGCCGGACAGUCCGAGAGGUAGCCUCCCGGCUGGGCGGUUGGCCUGCUGUCUGUCAGAUUCCCUGGUUCGAAGGAGGAAACGGACGUUUUAUCGGCAUUGCCGACGCUAUCAAUCUCCAAGGCCUUCGCUGGGAGGAAGGAGACGGCAAGUCUGUCAAGAUGUUCAAUCUUGAACAGCUGGCUAGCGAAGAGCCCCAGCUUGCACAGGAGCUCAAACGCGCGAGGAUUGCCCUCAUUGAGCUGCUGAGUGAGCAUGAUGAAGCCAUGGUGGAGAAGUUCUUCGACUGUGAAGAGGACCAUUUGGCAGUCCCCGCGAAUGACAUUCUCGAGAGUCUGCGUAGAUGCCUCCUGGAGGAGCAGGGAAGGAAAAUCAUCCCCAUCUUCGCUGGUGCUAGCUUUCGAAACAUCGGUGUCCAACCUCUCCUCGAUGCUGUGACGAAUCUUCUCCCUAGCCCUCCUGAGACUCCUGAACCAGAGGUCAGCAUUGGCGGAGUUAAGGGUGGCCUCCGACACCUGCUUUCCGGUGAUCUCCUAGUCGAACAAGGCGAGAAGGCAGCUUCUGCCAAGGGGAAGCAAAAGAAGAAAUCGGCCAUUCAAGCAGAGUCCCGCCACGCCAUUGAAAAGCUCCAAGCUGCGCCUUAG